AUGGGACGCUUGCUGAGUCUGAAGCUCGCUUACCUGGCACACCUGGUGGCCUACGUGCUGGGCUCGGAGCGGCAACAGCACCAUGUUCAGCAUGGCCUUUGCAGGUACACUUUCAUCCUCCCUGAGGUGGAACAUUGCCAGCUCCAGAAGAACUUUGAGGUCUCUAACACACUCCAGGGGGACUCCGCAGCUCAGGUCAAAUCUGCCGUGAGUCAAAUUACUCUCGGCAGGACCCGGAAGGACAGGUCCUCUUGGCAGGAAAUUAAACUGGAGAGUCUGGAGAGUGCCACAGAGAAUAACACUUUGUGGUUGCAGAAGCUGGAAAACGACAUCAAGGAGAAUCUUCGCGCCGGCAUGGAGGAAAUCAAGAGAAGCACCAUGCACAGCCAGACAGCCGCCAUGCUAGAGAUAGGAACCAACCUCCUAAGUCAGUCAGCAGAGCAGACUCGCAAACUGACUGAUAUUGAAACUCAGGUGUUAAACCAAACGAGUCGCCUGGAGAUCCAGCUGUUGGAGUACUCACUUUUUAAUAACCGCCUGGAGAAACGCAUACUCCUUCAGACUCAGGAGAUCUCACAUCUUGCUGAAAAAAACAGUUUUCUCGAACAGAGGCUGUUAGCGCUGGAGGCUCAUUAUAGGACGGAGCUGCAGAGCUUGCAAAGAGAAAAGCAGCAGUUGCGGGAACUGAUGCAAAGACAGAGUGGACUAGUCAGCCAGCUCCAGGGCGAACUCGGCAGUGCAACUUUCAACAACACAUUGCUACAAAGACAGCAAACUCGCCUUGCCGAUACAGUUGAGCAGCUACAAGCUUUGGUCAAUCACUGCAAUGAAAUCUCCCAUGUGCCCAAACAGGAGUCACCUAGUUUUAGGGACUGUGCAGACAUUCUGCAUUCUGGACAAACAGCAAGUGGGACAUACAGCAUACGCCUCGAUAACUCCACCCACUCUGUCAAGGUUUUCUGUGAUAUGGUGACCAAAGGUGGAGGGUGGACAGUCUUCCAGCAUCGCCGAAAUGGUUCUGUUGAUUUUCAUCGUGGAUGGAAGGACUACAAAUUGGGAUUCGGAGAGCCUUCUGGGGAACACUGGCUCGGAAAUGACAUCAUCCAUAAACUGACGAGAUCUGGGGAAUAUAGCCUGCAUGUCCAGUUGAAGGACAGAGAUGGGCAAGAGGCCUACUCACACUAUAAACACUUCUACAUAGAUGGGGAGGACCACAAUUAUAGCCUCCAUGUUGAGGGCUUUAGCGGCACAGCAGGACGAACCAACAGCAUGGCCCACAGCGGAACUCAAUUCAGCACCAAGGACAGAGACAACGACCGCUGCACCUGCAAGUGCGCACAGCUUGCUUCUGGAGGGUGGUGGUUUGAGGCUUGCGGACCAUCCAACCUGAACGGCGUAUAUUACCCCAACUCAUCCAGCGUGAUUCGGUACAAUGGCAUUAAGUGGUACUAUUGGAAAGGACCAAAUCUAAUGGCUACCAUGGCAACUAUGAUGGUGCGCCCAGCAAACUUCUAA